UCGGCGUGCGGUCGGUUCGGUUCCGUUGUUCUGCGAUAGUGUGCCGUGAGGCUUAUAGUGCUUGUUAUCAGUAAAUUGAUAUAGUUUUUUUCCUGCUUCCACUUGGUCGAAUUAGGAAACUCUAUGGAUUAACGAAGCAGGAUUUUAGCUGAAGACCUAGGAUAAUGUGAGUCCUGGUUAAUAAAGUGUUUAUAUUGGCAGAGGAAAUUUCGUAUGGAAGUUUCGGCAGUUCGGGACAGAAAUUCGCUUCCAAAGCCAAGAACCUUGAACUUCGGUGGUUCCCAUAAGCAUAAUUAGAGUAUUACGAACGGGAAUAAAUUUCCGACGACCAGUUUUUCAAGCUUCUUCCAACAAUUUACUCAGUGUCUGGAGCCCACAGGAAGGAAGUGGAAAAUCGAUUAAGAGUGUUUCGGUCGGGUGGACGGAUUGCGUACGCGCGCGUAUGUGUAAGUGUAAUCGGGAAAAGGCGGAAAACGGUAGGCAAACGAAGCACGAAUUUCGGUAUAUCAACGCCAAAUUUUUAACCAGAAUUCAGGUAUUUCGGGUUCAUAAGCUAGACGAAAAGUUUGUUUGAGACUAAGCAAACUACACCACCAGAAGAGCCCAGUUACGACCAGCUCGAUCGAUGUGUGCUGCUGGAUGAGAAAAUUGUGGGUGAAUAAGUGUGAGGAGGCGGCUUGUUGGUGAGAAGAAGAAGAAAAAAAAGCUUCAGCCGGUGAGCGUUGGAGCCGUUGGUGCGGUGGUUCUUGUGGGCUGUUAAGAUUUAUCAAAUUACCACAAUUUGUACGAAUUCAGAGUAAAUUUCUGUUAAAAAAUAUUUCAUUAAAGUGCAGUAGUUUCCCAACAUUUUCGACAAGUACAGAAGUGGUGAGAAACAAAACCCGAGUUUACUCUCUCUGUGUAAUACUUAUCAAUGAGUGAACCAGUGGACGAUGUUUCAACAUUCCUCUCGGUUCGGGCAGUGAACAACGUUGCUGCAUCGUUGUGUGCGAAAAGGAUGAUGGAAAGCUCUGCCUGGUUUGGCCACUUCUGUUGACGGGUGCUGGAUGCUCACACGAAAAAAAAGCAAAAAUAAAACGAGCAAUAUCAGCGGUAUUGUUGUGAAUAAUAAACAUUACAAAUCUCACUCUAAUUACUCACUCCUUUCCCACAAUCAUUCCGCCAGUGAACGGAACGAAGCGGAACGGGAAACGAUUGCGAGUAUCUGUGUGCGUGUAUGGGUGUAGGCGCAAAUAAAUGCCUAUUGUAGUAUCGUACCGAGGGCCAAUUGUGCAGCCCGGAAGUUCGUGAUCGCGCCGGCAGAAGUGUGUGACAAAUUACCUGUUUCGGGAGGACGUAUAAUUGGCGCUUUUUUGGAAGAGGAUGACUACUAAGUGAGGGCAAAGUUGCGAGGAAAAUAGUUUAAUUGUGAUUGGGACGGGAGGCAAUUACGUGUCGUAUAGAUGAGUGGAAGAUUGGUGUUGUCGGGUUUAGGAAAAAGCAGCGUUUGACGGAAUACGGUUACUUUUACGCAGCUUACGGUGGAGUUAAGCAGCUGCGUAACGAUCGGAUGCUGAAUAAUCACAGCGGAUGCGGUGAAUCAAAGUAAAAAUAAACAAUACGUACCAUAAUUGUACCGAGUAUAGGAUUCAUUUUAAAGCUAUUUUUUCUGCUCCAAUCCAGGACCGGUAGCCAGAUUUAAGCAUGUAACAUGAAACAGUCCGCAUGCUGACAGCCGCAUAAGUGAGAUUACGUUUGCAUUCGUCAAGUCUAGCAGCGUCGUUAAUAAUAGUUAGCUUGUGCGUGUGGCAGGGAAAUCCUGCUAGUGAGAAAGUCGAACUUUCCGGCACUAGCGUUGGUCCGGCGAGAAUAAAAACAGCCAACAAGUGGUAAUGGUGGAAUCGGGUAGCAUCAGCCGGACCAGCCCGGCGACGUCCACGUCGAUAGUGGCGGCCGGCGUUCGCAGUGGAAUUCUCGAGACCCGCGUUCGGGGCGCUUGGUAUCGCGUUUCGGUUACACUUGAAACGGACUACAUUUCGGUCAGCUUGGAUGAAACGUGCGAAUCGGUGGAUCACAGUACGACACUGAAUGGAACGCUAGGGAGCAACCACAGUGGCAACAACAGUUCCAACAAUUCGUCGCAACCGUCAUCGGCGGGUGCAUCGGGGCCAUCGAUCCAUUCGUCGGAAAACUUGAGCAACGGUGGUGGUGGUGGUGGUGGUGGUGGUGGCGUCGGCGGUGGUGGCACUGGUGGAGCGAGCAGUAGUGGCAUCGUUACGACACCGGCCGGAAGCAGCACACUUAACGGCGGCGGAAGUCUGAAUGGUGACAAUUUUCUUAACAAUAAUACCAAUAAUAACGGCAGCAACGGCAGCAGCAAUGGCACCGGAGGUAAUAACCUGAACAACAAUGGCACCAGCAACGGGAUAGUGGCGGGUGGUAACGGGGGUAGCAAUAAUAACAGCAUCGACAACGGAAUCGCCGAAAUCUGCGAUGUACCUGAUUCGGUGGCCAACCAGAAGCGACAUGUGAGAGUGAUCAAAUCCGACAGCAACGGGCUUGGCAUUUCGAUAAAGGGAGGCCGCGAGAACCGGAUGCCCAUUCUGAUAUCGAAAAUCUUUCGCGGCAUGGCAGCUGACAGCGCCAAGGGGCUGUACGUAGGCGAUGCCAUUCUGUCGGUGAACGGCGACGAUCUGCGCGAUGCGACUCACGAGGAAGCGGUUCGGGCGCUGAAGCGAGCCGGCUGGGUGGUGGAUCUUGAAGUGAAAUUCCUGCGCGAAGUGACGCCGUACUUUCGGAAAGCGAGCAUCAUCUCGGAGGUUGGCUGGGAGCUCCAGCGUGCUUUCCUGUGUCCGCUCGGCCCGGGCGCAUCCUCUCCGCCGGCGGCCGCACCACGCAGUCCCCCGCGAGCCGACACCCGAUACAUCCCCCUGCAGCUGACCCAUCUGGCGCGGAGUCUCAAGUACCACGAUGCGGAAAACCGCUGCAUAGAGUUGCAUUCUCCGGACGGUAUCCACUCGUGUAUUCUGCGAGCGGUAGAUCCACAGGAAGCCACAACCUGGUUCAACGCGCUCCAUUCGGCCAUCGGCAAAAGUACCCAGAAGGCGCUGGUGGACGCAAACCGAGCUCUGGCAUCGAUUAUCGGCGAGCUGAAGUUCAUUGGCUGGCUCAGCCGAAGGUGCGGUGGAGAACAGAACGGUCGCUCCAGUUCGGAAAGCUCGGACGAGUUAGAUAAAUGGCAAUCAAUUUUCGUUGCCGUCACGGAUCGUGAAUUUCGAUUAUAUGAAAGCGCCCCCUGGUCAGUGGAAGCCUGGAGCCGACCGUUCGAAAGCUGCCCCUUAGUGACGACUCGAUUGGCAGGAGCUGGCAACACUUCCACCGUUGGUUCAAAUUCGCUUACUCUCUCUUCUGCUCAACAGAGUUCCCAGUCAAGCGUGUUCUGUGUCCGCUGCGGCACGACCCGGGGCGUCGUGAGUCACUGGUUACGUGCGGAGACCAACCGCGACAUGGCGGCUUGGGCACGUGUACUGGUGCAGGGCUGCCACAAUGCGAUCAUCGGUCAGCGAGAGUUCUCCUUCCGGUGCCAGUUCCAGGGCCGCCCGUGUCAAUUAAUCGUUCACCUGGAUCGGGGCUUCACCCUGCUGGAUAGUGCCCUCGGGAGUACCGUGGGUUCGAAGCCCCUAUGGUCAUACCCCUUCGAUAAGCUCAAAGGAUCGGCUGACGAUGGCAACAAGCUGCUGCUGCUGGACUUUUCUGGCUGCGAAGAUGGUGCCGAAAUUGAACUGGACAUGGAAUGCUGCCCAAAACCGGUGGUGUUCGUCCUGCACAACUGCCUCUCGGCUAAAGUGCACUCACUGGCGUAAACUGGAGUUUACCGAGAGCAUCGUCGUUGGUCAUCAGCGCAAAGUAGGAAAAUGAAAGAAAGUAUUAUUAUUUUCAAUCUCAGCAAAUACAAAAAACUGAAAAGCAAACAAGUCAUCUGUAAAUACACUGUAAACUAUUGGUUUAUUUCUAGCCUGAGGAUUGUUUGAUUGUUUUGUUUAACUAUUUUCUCUCGAAGUGUUUAAGGUGAGGUUAUGUUGCUUGUUAUAGUAGUAGUAAUAAUCACCUUGUUUAAGCUCUAGUAGGUCUAUAUAGUAUCAAACGAACACCACGUUGAAACACACAUAGCACAUGAUAAAAAAACACACACACAAACAAACACACACAUACUGUAAAGAAAUUUUUUGUAAACUGAUUGUGAUAGUUGAAACCUUUUGCAGAUCUUAUUCCUGUUUAGACUCACUGAACUUCUCCGAGCAAAGAUGAAAUCGAAAACUUUCGUUGUUUAAUGAAGGUGAUAAUUUAACACAGUCAGUCAAAUCAAUCUUGUUGUCCAUAUCGAUAGGAAAUUUAGUGAUACAAAGAAAAGCUGACAGAAAGCAUUGCAUAAAAAAUAAAGCUAAAAAACACCAGUGUGUGUAUUCCAUACAAGCAGUGGGCAAGGUAAAGUGUGCAAACGAACAAGUUGCGAAAAAUUAGAGUAAAAUCUGUUACGUUGAAAUUUCUGAUUGAAAGUGAAACAAAGAAGAAGAAAACUCAAGAGAUAUAACAAAGUUAGCGGAAUGGGCAAAGUUGGCGUAAUGUUAAGUUUUCUCCCCUCUCGACAAACAUCACAUGAAAAGUGAAACAAUUAAAAACAGCGCAGUGGGAGCCAGUGAAAAAGCAGAAGGAAAAACAACACCCUCAAGAGAGAGAGGACACUUUUCCCCACCCCAACCGGACGGAAAACGAACUUGAUCAGGUAUAUUUCUGAUAAACUGUAAUAACUUUGAUAAUGUGCAGUCUCGCUUGAGGACGGUAUUCAGCUGGCAGAAAAAAAAACUCAGAGCUAUUUCUACUAGGAGAGAUAAUUUCCUGAACGAAAAUAGCACUUCAUGUAAUUCCUUCGUUCUGUUCAGGACACAGAAAAAAAUUCAACCACUCUUUCUAGCCUGCCACUUUCGUAAUGAUCUCCUUCUUCCGGGUUGGUAAAACAUGGUAAGACGCAGCAGCAACAGCAGUCAAGCUAAAGAGCGCCUGUUAUCGUUAUCAUUAUUUUAAUUAAUUUAAUUAACUUCCAAUGUGCGCACUUUGGCAAACCUGGGCACUCCGCCAGCCGCGGACAGUCAGUCGUCCAAGCCCUCGGUGAAUAUUAUUUUGCCUGGAGCAACGGAAGACACGGAAAGCAGCUUCUGGUCUACGAGCGGUGGCAGGACAGCAGUGUAGAUACCGAUAGCUCGCGACUUCCGAGAAACUUUACACAAAGUUAAGUAAAUGAGUGGUAAAGUAGCUCAGUGAGCAGAAAAAAGAAAAAAAUCAGUCGCCACCGAUCUGCGAGGUACGCAGAAGGACCGGCACGUAAUUAAUUGAUUCUGUUUCCGUAGGACGAAGUAUCCAAUCUUUCAUUUUCUAUUGGAAACUGUCAAGUGGCAUGACCCAGUCUGAGAAGGCUCUGCUCUUCCCAAUUCAAUUGUUCGGUUCGAGAUGAGUUUUGGAAAUUGUUUCCCCUCCUGGAGGGUAUUCAUUCAAAAUCUGCGUCCUCAGUCUGGAGCGAUAAUUGGGUCCGACUUGCCUUGCAUCGCCAGGCCUUGCACAACGGUCGCCCCAUUUGGGAAGUGUGCAACUGAAGAGCUUACAAUCGUUUUCGCAUAAUGCCGUCUUUGUCCUGCAGUUUCUACUUCCGGGCUCGUUCAGCAAGGGCUGGAAAUAUUAUUUCGUUACAGCUCGGAUUGGGUUUACUUUUAAUGAUUCAACAUUCUAGCAAAGUUGGGAAAAAGUUAUCACUGUUCAUAUUGAUUUUUAAUUUUUGAUAGUUUCGAACGAAACUCCUACCCAUAGCCGUGCGCAGGAUUCAGGUUUGUAGAUAGUGAUUUUAUCCUAAUGAACGUUUUGUUCUUCUUAGCCUAGAUUUUUAACUUUCUCAUCAAAAGUCCUUUAUCUCUUCUGGGGAGGUUUGGGCCUCAAAAACCUCCACGUGCGCGCCGUUAUGCUUAUUUAUUUUUCAGGGCUUGCAAAUAUUGUUUUGUUAUAGCUCAACUUGAGACUACCGUGUAAUGAUCCAACAUUCUAGCAAAGUUGGAAAAAAGCUAUCAUUGUUUAUACCAUACUUCAGAUAGUUUUGAUCAAAACUCUCGGCCGGAUUGUGUCCUUCGAUUCGUAAGAUUGUCUUUUUCGCAACUACCCACCCCUUGAACUGGUACAGCUUGAGUUUAUGGGUGUACCGGAACCCACACAAAUUUCCCAUCUAGCGAGUGUUUCUCACAAACGAGGAAAACUUCCACCCAAGGUGGAACAGUCGUAGUAAAUAAAAAAAAUCAUAUCAGAUUCAUAGGAAAUUUUGUGUUGAGAUGUACAGAACGAGUCAGCAGAUUGAAAAGUUUUCCAAUAAUGAAAUAAAGUCUGUAAAUAUAGGAAAAAGAUUAUAGCCACUUCGAUUCUCCUUUUCCCUCGUCCACUAAAUUCUCCGGUACAUAUCUGCGGGCGGAAGAACUCCUCAUCCCUCCACUUACCGCGCACAACCGUAGACAAAAAAAAAUCGAACAGCGAAAACGAGACUCAUUCAUCCUGGCGUUGGAACAGUAAAACACAGACACUGACACAGUCACAUUCACCCCGCUCACUGUAAGCUAUAAAUGACUGAAUCGAUUAAAUCUCAGAACAGAUAUAGUAAGAAAAAACAAAAAAAAACGCAACCGGAAAAGCGAACUCCUCGCCUUCGAAAAAACACACAAACCAACCAAAAAAAGAGUAAAAGUUCGAGCAAACAUUUUACCGCGCAGCAACAAAAAAAAACACAGACACACACACACACAAAUCUUCUCUUCUUUAUCGCUUUUAAGCGUCUCUAUAAAUUUCAACGUCGAAUAGUUGGCUACAUAUAGAAGCAGUAGUGAAUCGGGAAGUGUACUAUAUAAACAUAGGAAUAGAUAUUUUCUGCCAUCAGCAAUCGUUUGAGCAAAGAAGAAAAGAACAAAAAAACUAUAGGAAACAAAACAAAAUCCAAACAAAGUAGCAAAACAGCAAAAACCCUUUUACUACAAACCGGAAACAGAUGUGCUAUCGUAGACAACCUUCUUCUACAGCAAACACAAGUACAGAUUUAGACAAAAGUGAAGCAAGGAACAGAAACUUUACACCUUUCCAGUCAGUCUGUGUGGUCUGGUGCAGGAAGUAACACACCGAAAUCAAAAGGGAUAAAACUUUUACUAAUCGUAGGUGACGCGACCGGUCAGCAUUAAGUGUAAAAGCAACUCGAACUACUUUUCUUUCCCUUACCAAGCUCUUAUAGCAGGUUAGGGUAAGGCAGCGAAACUGAUUAUUAGUAAACUUUAAGCUGAUGUUUGCUGUCGUUGCUGGAGCAGAAAGCAAAAAAAAAACACAAAAUCAAAUCACUAUCCUGGUUUAACAGUAAGGAUUCCUUCGUGUAUUUAGGAUUGGGUGUGCGAGUCGCACCUUAGCACAAACACUACGCCACACACUUCUUGCCGGUCAGUGUCUCUCCGGUACACGCGAAGGAAAUGUGGCAAUUUGUCACAGACAAAAAAUUAUAUCUGAAAUGAAAAUAAAAUGUAACUGAAAAGCGAA